UGGGUUUAAAAUAAAUUGAAAAAGAUAAUUAAGAAGUUUUUGGUAAAGAAUUUUAUUAAAGAAAUAUAUAAAAAAGUUAUUUAUGAUGAGUCUUAUAGAAAUGGAGAAAUGGAAUUGAUUUCUGAACUAAAGUUAAGAAUGAGAGAUAUAAAUAGAGUUCAGAAGUAGAUUGAGUAUGAAUAAGAUAAUUGUAAGAUUGAGAAUAAUAUUAAUUAGAAUAAUUAAUUAUUAUAAAUGUAUUAAGACGCAAGUUACUAUUCAUAAUCGUAGUAGAAAUAAUCAGUAAAGAAUAAUUCAAUGAAAGUUGCUCGAUAAUGGUAGAUAAAUGAUUAAAAAGCAGAAAAAAAUGGAUUACAUAAGGCAAUUUAUUGGGUAAAAAGUUAAUCAAAGAAUGAAGAUGGAACUUAGAAAUAAGAGAGAUGGAUUGCUGAUCAGAAAUAUGUUGGUGAUUGGAAUUAAAAUAAAAAAUGUGGUUUUGGUGUAUAAUAUUAUGGAAAUGGUGAUAAAUAUGAAGGAGGAUGGUUUGAUAAUUAAAGAAAUGGGCAAGGUACAUAUUGGGUGAGUGAAGGAAAGAAUAAGUAUAAAUACUGAAAUAAAAUAAAUAUAGAAUGAGAAGAGAGUAUACAGGUGAUUGGGUAAAUGAUAAAAAAACAGGAAAAGGAACAAUGUUUUAUUAAAAUGGAAAUAGAUAUGAUGGUUUAUGGUAAGAUGAUAAACCACAUGGAGAAGGACGUAUGAUAUAUGCAAAUGGGGAUGUAUAUGAAGGAGCAUGGUUUAAAGGUUUAAGAAGUGGAUAUGGUGUAUUAACUAAAAGAAAUGGUGAUCAUUUUGAAGGAUAUUGGGUCAAUGAUAAAAGAGUAAUUAUUAUUAUUAUAUAUUAUUGUUUAGGAAGGUUAAGGAUCUUACUUCUUUGCAACUAAAAAUUAAGUCUUUGUUGGUGAAUGGGUUGAUGAUAUGCCUAAAACAGGUGUAUAUUCUGAAGUUGAAGAUCCUUAUACUGUUAAAGAAGAGAGAGAAAAACAUUUUAUGGAUCCAUAUGUAUUACCAGAUGUUCCUAAGGUUGAAUUAUAAGAUCCUACUAAUGUUCUUAAAGAAUCCAUGGAAUUAGCUAGAAAAGAAAGAAUUAUUUAUAGAGCCAUUCAUAUUCCUUUAGAUGAAAUGUAUUCCAAAUAAGAAAUGGAAGAUUUGGCUCUAUAAUUCGAAUCUGCAUCCAAUUAAGAACAUAAAAUUACUUUAAUUAAUAGUAAAGCCAUAUUCUAAAGUAUGGGCUUUGAAAUUGAAGGUAUUUUCACUCUCUCUAUUUAUUUAGAAAAACUACUUUAAACCUAUCUAAAACAUCUACAAUAAGAUAAGUAUAAUGAAUUUGAAAUUGAAUUGGAAACUUUCAUGAGAUUAGUGGCUAUUAUAUUAGAAAGUUAAGGCUAUGAUUAAUCAGAUAUCAAUAUUUGA